AUGAGUAAUGGAACUAGCAGUACUGUUCCAAAUCAGGCUCCGCUUGGAUCAAACACCACCCCCACCACGACCACCACUACUACGAGCACCAGCAGCACCAGCAGCACCAGCAGCAAAGGUUCCAAUUCCCACAUUGACCUCAAUAGCACACCAAAGAAAAUAACAUUAGAUAACAUUUUCCAAUAUGCUUCAUCCAAUGGCAAACAAACUUCCCCAAGACAAGAAGCAAACGAAUACCCAAAAGAACCAAAAGAACCGAAAUCACCAAUGAGACGACAGCAGCAGCCUCAGCAAGAAACCACGCCUUCGAAAAUUGUUAAGUUCCAGUAUUCGCCACGCAAACGGAAAGCCACCUACCUGCAUACUAUCAAGCUUCCAAAUGAUGCAACUAGCAGAGUAAAUUCAGGUCUGGAUACUAGUGCCAGUGCCAGUGCCGAUGCAAAUGGAAGCGGCAGUGGGUUUCCAUCUCCCAAAACUCAAGAUGACGACGCACAAUCGCCUUCACCACAAGAAAACUCGGAAAACGGCCCCGAUCCAGCUGCAAAUCUCAACCACAACCAUAUUUUCAACUCGACAAAUUCCACACAUAUAUCAUCUCUAACGCCCGAAACCACCAGAAUAACAAGUUUAAACUCCAUCGACUCAGACUCGUCUCUAUCACUGGACUCGUCUUCGGAAACAUCGCCUACCGCUAAUACCAACGUUCCAUCUCAUACAAAAUCUGAGCCGUCGCCGUCGCCUUCACUACCAGAACCACCCCAGCCUCCAGCACUACAUCCACCCCUAGAUCACUCGAAAUCCAAGGAGCCACUGGAGGACAAAGAAGAAACGGAGCAAGUCGGCACUAGAGCACGAUCACAGAGUCCGGCAUUUGAACAUGCAAUCGAAGCAAUGGCCAGCUAUGCUAGCGAUGUAAGUGAGAUAAUCAUGGACCUUGAUAAUAAAAGCAACAAAAACGGCAAGAGGAAAUUAGAUGCUUUACAGGGUAUGGAGUUUAAUUGGCUACGGGACACUAUCGAAGUUGCUAACCAGUUGAAUUACCUAAAAGAAACUUACAAAAUGAUCCAGAAUGUGAAGAAACAAAAGGAAAAAAAUAUUGAUGAAAUUUGA